GAACCGGCCAAGCUGGGAGGAAAAAAAGAAAGGGAGGGGAGGGGAGGAUCGAGGACGGUCGGCUUAGGCAGGCCAAGAAUGCUAUUAUUCUGGUGGUGGGAGCUGGGAGACCCUUGUGCUUGGACGGGAAAGGGUCGGGGGACACUCAAGAUGAGCCCCGCGACCACUGGCACAUUCUUACUGACAGGAAAAAAUAAUUCACCGGUCUUUCUUGUAAUGAAAAUAAAGCUGCCAAACGUUAGAUUCCCCCCAAUCCCCAGCACUUUUUUAUUAAGCUGUGCCGAUGGCAUAAAUGGAACAGUUAACUGGAAGACCAAACAAGCCAACAGUUUUAUUAUCAGCAGAAAAAUGGCUGCUGGGAAGAAAGAUGUGUACACUCUUUUCUCCAAGGUGCACUCUGACCGGAAUGUAUACCCAUCAGCAGGUGUCCUCUUUGUCCAUGUGUUGGAGAGAGAGUAUUUUAAGGGUGAAUUUCCACCUUAUCCAAAGCCUGGUGAGGUUAGUAAUGACCCCAUAACAUUUAACACAAAUCUAAUGGGCUACCCAGAUAGACCUGGAUGGCUUCGCUACAUCCAAAGAACACCGUACAGCGACGGGGUUCUGUACGGGGCACCAACAGCUGAGAAUGUGGGGAAGCCAACUAUUAUUGAGAUAACUGCCUACAAUAGACGUACCUUUGAGACUGCAAGGCAUAAUCUGAUAAUUAAUAUAAUGUCAGCAGAAGAAUUCCCGUUGCCAUAUCAAGCAGAAUUCUUCAUCAAGAAUAUGAAUGUGGAAGAAAUGUUGGCCAGUGAGGUUCUUGGAGACUUUCUUGGGGCUGUAAAAAAUGUGUGGCAGCCGGAACGCCUCAACGCUAUAAACAUCACGUCUGCCCUAGACAGGGGUGGCAGGGUGCCGCUUCCUAUUAAUGACAUGAAGGAGGGUGUUUAUGUCAUGGUUGGUGCCGAUGUUGCAUUUUCUUCUUGUUUACGAGAAGUUGAAAAUCCGCAGAAUCAGUUAAGAUGCAGUCAAGAAAUGGAGCCUGUGAUCACAUGCGAUAAAAAGUUCCGAACUCAGUUUUACAUCGACUGGUGCAAGAUUUCACUGGUUGAUAAAACAAAGCAAGUGUCCACCUAUCAGGAAGUGGUUCGUGGCGAGGGCAUUUUGCCGGAUGGCGGGGAGUACAAGCCCCCUUCGGAUUCUUUGAAAAGCCGAGACUAUUACACGGAUUUCCUCGUUACCCUGGCCGUGCCCUCAGCGGUAGCACUAGUGCUUUUCCUAAUACUCGCUUAUAUCAUGUGCUGCCGACGGGAAGGAGUGGAAAAGAGAAACAUGCAAACCCCAGAUAUCCAACUUGUCCAUCACAGCUCUAUUCAGAAAUCUACCAAGGAGCUUCGAGACAUGUCCAAAAACAGAGAGAUUGCAUGGCCCCUGUCUACACUCCCCGUGUUCCACCCUGUGACUGGGGAGAUCAUACCUCCCAUGCACACGGACAACUAUGACAGCACCAACAUGCCGUUGAUGCAGACACAGCAGAACUUGCCACACCAGACUCAGAUUCCUCAACAGCAGACUACAGGAGAUUUUCGUUUGACAACUUUUCAAAGAUUUGAGGUAAAUGGUAUCCCUGAAGAAAGAAAACUGACCGAAGCCAUGAGUUUAUAAUCAUCAGCAGCAAAGCAGUCAUGUCUCCCUCCCUUUCACUUCCAGCAACGCAUGAGCUUUCCUGACAUCCAUUGUGCAUGUCCACUGUGUUAAGUACACGCCAAAUGCUACACUGUAUCUCUCAUUUACUAAUGGAUUUUUUUUUUGUACUUCAAGCAUUUUUGAAAAUUUAUAAGACAUCAAUGACUUUAUAUUUGUUACAAUAAAAAGUAAACUUUAAAAUAAAUAUUAAUGA